GUCAAGGCGUGCUGGGGGCGGGGUCAAAGCCUUGGCCAGGGCGGGGGCAGGGUCCAGGCCCAGGGCUGAGUCAGGCCAGGUUCAGGCCCAGGUCCACAACACUGACAAUGGUCUCAGAGGCGAGGCUUCGACAAGUAGGAGGCCAGCCUGCCGCCCUCCUCUGGCUGCAGCUGGUGCUGCUGCCGCCAUGGUCGCCCACCACCACCCUAAACCUGCGAGGGUCCUGGGCCGACCCCGGCCCAGCUCCUGCAGCCGUGCGAGCGGUGGAGGGUGGGCCUCUGACUCCGGAAGCACAGCCAUUGGCCUGGGCAGCCACAGGUGGCAGGGGAGUCUCCACAGCGUGCGGGAAACCCAAGGUGAUGUGGCGGAUCUCUGGUGGUCAGGAUGUGGUGGCUGGCCAGUGGCCAUGGCAGGCCAGCCUGAUGUACCAGGGCUUGCAUGUCUGUGGAGCUGUCCUCAUCAACUCCCGCUGGCUGGUUUCUGCUGCCCACUGCUUUCUCAAAAAAUCCCAUGCUCCAGAGAACUACCGGGUCCUGUUAGGAAGCACGCAGCUGUUUGAACACACUCAGCACACCCUGGAGAUGUCCGUGAGCCAGAUUGUCAUGCACCCAGACUUUGAGAAGCUUCAUCCCUUCGGAAGUGACAUAGCCAUGUUGCAGCUGCUCUUUCCUGUGAACUUCACUUCCUACAUCAUCCCUGCCUGCCUCCCAGCCCCUGGCUUGCAGCUGCUUAAUAAUGCAUCCUGCUGGAUAACUGGCUGGGGGAUGCUCAACGAGGAAACGCCUCUGCCCACACCCUUCCAUCUCCAGGAGGCUAAGGUGGGCCUCAUUGAGAACCAGUUCUGUAAUCUGGUAUAUGGACACAGGCUCAGCAAGAACUUCUCCGUGUAUGAGGAGAUGCUGUGUGUUGGGGACUUCUCUACAGGAAAGGCCAUCUGCCAU